UAUCUAUAUCUAUAUAUCUAUCUCUUUCCUUUUCUUCUUUUCUUUGGACUGGAUGAACCACACAGGGUGGCGCUUCGCCCUCUCGCCCAACCGCCGCCUCGGCUUCUCUUCUGGUUCCGCCCAGGAUGACUGAGAGUCCUCGACUGCUCAACCUGGUCUAACACAUGGACUAACCUGUCCAUGUGUGUCCUCCUGCCCGCCCACCCCCCCAACCCUCUCCUCCCCUUCCUCCUCCUCCUCCUCCUCGUGUUUAGGUGAGUGAUGGAGACGAGAGAGUUGACCGUGGUAGCUGGCAGCUUCGUGACUUUCCAGCUCCUCUUCUCGGUGGUCAGCCCGCGUCUCUCCACCGUCAUCACGCCGGGUUAUGGACGGCUGCCCUCCACCAAGCUCACGGAGUGGAACUCCAGGCUGGUAUCGACUGUGCACGCUCUGGUCGUGGGGUUGUUCUGUCUGUACAUCCUGUGGUUCGAUGACGUCGUCAACGCCAACCCCGUCUGGGGUGACCCCAGUCUCGUCAAACUAAACGUGGCCAUAACCUGUGGUUACCUCCUUUACGACCUCGUGCUGCUGGCCUGUAACUGGAGCACCAUGGGGGACAGCUUUUUUGUCUGUCACCACUUGGCGGCGCUCUAUGCAUACGGAUACGUGCUGACACGAGGCGUGCUUCCCUACUUUGCCAACUUCCGCCUCAUUUCAGAGCUGUCCACGCCGUUUGUGAACCAAAGGUGGUUCUUUGAGAUGUUGAAGUACCCGCGCUCGCACCGCCUGGUGGUGGUGAAUGGCGUCGCGAUGGCGGUGGUGUUCUUCCUGGUGCGCACCGCCGUCAUGCCGUCGUACUGGGGCAGCGUCUUCGCCACCUUCGGCACGGAGGACUUCGCGCGGCUGGGUCUGGCCGCCCAGGUGGCUUGGAUCACCUCCUGCAUCGCCCUGGACAUCUUGAACACCAUCUGGAUGUAUAAGAUCGCCCGCGGCUGCUACAAAGUGCUGACCGGGCGGAGCGGGCGAAAGCCCAAGGACGGAGCGGAGAAGGAGGCCCCGGCGGACGGGAAGCCCGUCAACAACCACACGGACUGAAGCGGUGCAGAGCGCUGGAUGUGUAGACACGGACACGAGCAGGCAGGUGAGGCUGGACACCCAGAAACCCUCGCAGCCUCUCUCUGUUGCUCUAGCCUCGGUGUUCCUCCCACCCACACCCCCCGAUCCACCAAUCUCAGCCCCUUGAUCUCCUAGUAGUCGGCUAGUGGACCGGGCCAACAGGUCCUGGCCCCGACACGAGACAAAGAGACCGCUCUCCGACUCCCUCGAGCGUCGGCCCUUUGCGGCCUCAGUGUCGGCCUGCCCGGGUGACGGCUCCCCCGGUCGCAGACGACGAGGUAGAGCUCGCAAGCACAUUUUUAAAAAAACAUUUUGUCCCCUCGCCACCACCACCACCAUUCCUCUCUCAUGCUUCGACUUCAGCCAAAGCCCAAUCCUCUGAAGUGCCUGCGAAAGACAGGAAAGCAAUAAAACGCAGGAGGAAACGAGCUCGCCGAUGUCCAACAGAGCUCGAGGCCCCUAAUUUCAGAAGACGACCGCGUCCCGCUCCGUCCAUCCGGGAGACGGCGCCCGCGGGGGGCGACUCCCUCGCAUUGGAUCCAUGCGGUAUUUUUGUGAAUCUACAGGGCUCUUGUCUUAAAACUCAUCAGACCUCACAAGUAAAAAAAAAAAAAAAAAAAAAAAAAAAAAAGAGACAGAAAAACACCACAAUGCCUCUUCUACAGUAUCACCUGCUGUGGCCUCCGUGUAACAAGUGGCGCCUGCCGAUAUCACCAGCCAUGCCCCUCAAACUCCUCACAAUUUGGAUUAUUUAUAUAUAUAUAUAAUAAAAAAAAAUAUGCAUGCAGAAGAGAAAAAGACGCACUCCCCAACAUCCUCAGCUCCUCACA